UUAGUUUCAAGAUGGCUGCAGAGGAGAUCCCUUCCGAAUUUGAUAUUGUCAUUCUCGGGACAGGCCUCACCGAGUCUGUCAUUGCGGCUGCCUGCUCCAGAGUCGGACAGAGCGUUCUGCAUUUGGACAGGAGGAACUACUAUGCUGGAAACUGGGCUAGCUUCACACUCAAUGGCCUACUGUCGUGGAUCGAGGAAUAUAAGAAUCAGCAGGAAGUACCGACCACGGAGUCAGAGCAAGUAUGGAGGAGCUUGAUUGAUGAGGGAGAAGAUGUGGUGCCUCUCAGCUCCAUGGAUUCCUCCAUUUCUAACCUAGUGGUUUUCUCUUAUGCCAGUGAGGAAGAAGAAAAAGAACAGGAAACGAAGGCCCCAGUACCAAGCAUUCUGCCAGAGAACACACAGACUACAUCAGAGGAAACCAACAGUGACUGUACAGAGGGUCAAGACACAGUUACUUCCGAUGACCCCACAGAAGCUGUUAAGUUGCAAAAAGAGGGUUGCGAAGAAGAGAAGCCUUCACCUGAGAUUUCAGACCCUGGUCAAUCACAGGAAGAAAAAGAGCAGCAGCCAAUCAGCAACCCAGCAGAUCCACCUUUGGAGAAGAUAACAUACCAAAAGCUGUUGAAGGAAGGACGCAGAUUUAACAUCGACCUUGUCUCCAAGUUGAUGUAUUCGCGUGGCGCACUGGUGGAUCUGCUCAUCAAGUCUAAUGUGAGCCGUUACGCAGAGUUCAAGAACAUUGGCCGCAUCCUCACCUGCAGAAAUGGAAAAGUGGAGCAGGUGCCUUGUUCGCGGGCUGAUGUGUUUGCCAGCAAGCAGCUGACUGUGGUGGAGAAACGCAUGCUUAUGAAGUUUCUUACCUUCUGUCUGGACUUUGAGCAGCACCCAGAGGAGUACCAGGACUCCUCAGAGAAACCAUUUAGGGAGUUCCUGAAGACCAAGAAGCUGACAGAGAACCUGCAAGACUUCGUCCUGCUCUCCAUCGCUAUGGUGACACAGGAGACCCCUACGGAGGAGGGACUAAAGGCCACGCAGCACUUCCUGCGAUGCUUGGGUCGCUACGGCAAUACUCCCUUCCUGUUCCCACUGUACGGUCUGGGAGAAAUACCACAGUGCUUUUGCAGAAUGUGUGCCGUGUUUGGAGGAAUUUAUUGUCUGCGACACUCUGUGCAGUGCCUGGUUGUGGACAAGGCAUCUAAUAAAGUUAAAGCUGUAGUUGAUACUCAUGGACAGAGGAUUAGCUGCAGUCAUUUUGUGGUUGAAGAUUCGUACAUCAGAGAUGAACAAAGACAGAGCACAGCAUACAGGCAAAUAUCUCGAGCGGUGCUCAUCACAGACAGAUCUGUGCUACCUUCUGAAUCUGAGCAGCAGAUCUCAUUGGUAACUGUUCCUCCUCUGGAAUCUUCUGCACCAGCUGUGAGGAUGGUGGAGCUCUGUUCUUCAUCAAUGACCUGCAUGCCUGGCACCUAUUUGGUCCACUUGACUUGUUCAUCCUCCGGUUCAGCCCAGGAAGAUCUUGCUCCAGUUAUAUCUCAAUUAUUCCAUAUUCCCAGCAGUCCUGGACAAGAACCUGAAGAAGAGGUUAAGAGGGUGCCAGAUCCAUCUCCGGUCCUGCCUGAUGUCUGAUUCCCACUGUGUCGCUGAGUAAUGAUGACCAGCUGCAGCAUGUGCCAGCCAGACAUCACUUCAGUCUACUAAGACAGACUUCACAGAGGAUAAAUUGAUGCAAACUCAAUGACAUGGGAUUUUUCAUGAGCCACUGCCUGAAGCAUGGGCUCAGGAUUGAGUUCACUAAAAUUACCUGCCAUAAGCUUCCAGCCGGACUGCGAUGCUCCUCACUGAAUGAUACCUAUAUUAACUUAGUCAAAGGAGGGACAACACUCUCUUAAACUACAUAGAAAAUGAAUUAACCACUGACAAAAGCCUUCAUCGGCCAAAAUUAAAGGACAGUGCAUCUACGUGUAUUUCCUCAGUUAAUUCGGAAUGACUUCAAGGACUUUAACACUAAAACUUGUAGUUAAUAUAAAAUCAUUUUGUUUAAUCAUUGACCCACAACCCUUACUUAGUUUACUAAUUUUAACCACUAAUAGUUCUAAACAAAAAUAACUAAUAUUGGCAUUAUAUUCAUUCAUUUUCUGUUCUAGCAUAAUUUCAUGUACAGCUGCUUUGAAACAACGCCUGUUGUGAAAAGCACUAUACAAAUACAUUUGACUUGAUCAUCACACCACACUGUGUGAAUAUGUAUGUUGUUUAAGAUACAGGUGUUGAACUGAGGUUAGCUAAUGUGCUAAAGCUAGCGGCAGCACAUCACAUGCGCUUGAAACGUCACUUCCGUCAGCUGUUAAACGGCGAAUGCUUCCGUGUAGUAACAAACUUAAGUGGGACAAUUUGGGACAAUAUUACACUUUUUCAUACACUACACGGUUAAGUCGUUGUAUAUUUUGUAGGUGCAUAGUGUGUAUAGUAUGCCAUUUGGGACACAGCUUUUGAUUUAAGGCCUUAAGUGGAUUUGUUUACAUUUAAAAUUUUUGACAGUUGGAAUUUGAAUUAACGAGCAUUCAGUUGGCACAUUUGAACAUUCCGUCGAUGCAAGUCUAUGGGAUUUUUUUAUUUUUUUAUUUCCAGCUGUGCGAAAAACGUAAGUUUGAUCAGUUAGAAAAGUCAUAGCACACUAUUCCAGAACAGUCUGAAGGUCCGUGCCGAGUUUGGUGGAUGUAGCUUGAAAGCUCUAGGAGGAGCUAGUGUUAGAAAUUUUGGUCUUGGUUUAGGGAUGUAGAAAAAAUCCUAAACCAUAUCUGUUGAAUAACAGUAUAUUGGCUCUGUCAGGCCAACAUGAUAAUGAAAUACUGUAAAAGAAACUUACCUCUGUUUGAACCACGUGGUGAAAAAAAAUAUAUUGUCACUCCCUUAAAUAUGAUGUCAGAAAGAUCAAGCCAUUAUUAUUUUUUUAAAGGGCAUGAGUCACAUCAUCACAGGAUUGAAUAGAAAGUGCAGGGACAAAGACAGAUUAAAAUGCUUAAAGCAUUUUAGAAAAACACUAUAUAGUAAAUGCAUAAUAUUUAAGUACAUUUUUAUUUAUUUAAUUUUUAAUAAGCCCAUUAAAAUGUAGUGGUGAUGAAUAGGGACAUGCAGAUUGGCUGAUAUCCAGAUAAAUAAAUAAAAAAACAUUUAAAAUUU